AUGGCUUACGAACUCAAAUUUCUUGACACUUGUCUUUUCUGCCCCGUCACAUUGUUAGUCGAUACAUCCACCGCUACUACCUCUCUACGGUCACUUCUGUGUACUCUAGGUCUCCAAGGAGAAUUUACUGGCACUGCGAAAUCUACUGCGACACGGAGGCUUAUUAACGGUACCGGACCGGCAUUGUGUGCUGGACUUCAUGUCUUAACAAAUAAUAUAUCAAAAUUUUACUGGGGAUACGUUUUUGUCCGUAACUUGGAUAUUCAAAGUACCAAAGAGUAA